UUUAUUUUCCUGUCUUCUUCAGUCAUCUUUUUCUGGCUCCCAUUCCUAUAAAUGCAUCCUAUCUCUCUCGCUCUCCCUUCCUCUGUUAAUAAUUAACCCAAAAGGCAUUUCAGAAGGGGAAGUUUAGAGUAGCAUUUCUGUUAUGUCUACUGUUGGAAAUUCAACAAAUAUAUUUUGGCAAGAGUGUCCGGUUGGGAAAAUUGAAAGGCAACGGCUACUUAAUCAGAAGGGCUGUGUUGUAUGGAUUACUGGUCUUAGUGGAUCAGGGAAAAGCACACUUGCAUGUUCAGUUAAUAGAGAACUCUAUUCUAGGGGGAAGCUGUCUUACAUACUUGAUGGAGACAACCUUCGACAUGGACUGAACAAAGAUCUUAGUUUUAAAGCAGAAGAUCGGACCGAGAAUAUACGUAGGGUUGGAGAAGUGGCGAAGCUUUUUGCAGAUGCUGGUUUAAUCUGCAUUGCCAGUCUGAUAUCUCCUUAUAGAAAAGACCGGGAUGCUUGCCGUGCAAUGUUGUCUGAUCCAAAUUUUAUUGAGGUUUAUAUGAACAUGCCUCUGGAACUGUGCGAAGCAAGAGAUGUUAAAGGCCUUUACAAACUUGCACGUGCUGGCAAGAUCAAAGGUUUUACUGGGAUAGAUGAUCCUUAUGAACCGCCAUUGAAUUGUGAGAUGGAAAUAAAACAGGAGGAUGGAGUUUGCCCAACGCCAGGUGCCAUGGCAGGACAGGUAGUGACUUAUUUAGAGGAGAAAGGAUUUCUACAAGAUCAGUGAUCAACUCCAUGCAUUCCUUUGAUGUUUACACAAAGAUCUUAUAUAACCCUGAACAUCAAAAGGGUCUUUGCUUUACCACCUGUGAACUAGAGGAGGUUAGAAUGUUCUAAGUGUAAACCUUGUCAUUUUAGUAGCUUCCAGUAUAGGGAACAUAUUUUUUGUGAACAAUUUAGGGCUUUUGAGGGGCAGGAUGUAUAAGGUUUGUGGAAUGCUAGCUAUUGAAUUACCAAUACCAUUUAGUUUGAUCUUUGUAAGCUUCUUAUUUAAUUUCUUAUCAUCAGAAAUAUAUAAAGCUGUAUUCUGGAAAUAUUUAUCUAUGAAUAUCAGUUCAUUUAUAAACCAAUUUGAGGUUCA